AUGGGGUCUCUAGCCACUGUUGUUAAUACUACUAUUAAUAAAAUGCUGGGUCACUGUGUUUUACUAGAAAAUCAAACAGAUCAGGUGAUUGCUGGAGAAUUGGCCGGUCCUAUCUUACAGCCUCUUGGAGACUCAGAUAACCAGCUUACAAGUGAAAAACAUAAAGACAAGAAACCUAUGAAAGGUAUUAUGAGUUCAGUGUCGGAAUUCAGCAUCACAGACGCUCCAUCCAAGGACACCAAAAAUGAGAAGAAAUUGUCAGACUCUAGUACAUCAUCAUUAUCUUCCCUUGAGAAGUGCAGGACACAAUUCACCUACAUCGAAAAUGACGCAUCAGUUCAUCAGAGAGACAGUGAUGAUGAAUGUGCAUCUCUUAUCCUGGCCUGCUUGUUCUGCCAAUUUUGGGACUUUCUUAUAAUGCUGCCUAAUACCUGUGAAAAUUGGUUGAUAAAUAUGUGCUGUCCAUCCUAUAGAUAUCACCAUACCUCCAGUGAAAACCACUCCAACAAUGACUGUAACUGUGACUGUGACAUUGAUUGCAGCAUUUUUGAAUCCUGUCACGAAACCAGUGAAUGUCUGGAACUUGCCUUGGAGAUUUCUGAAGUCUGUUAUCGCUAA